AUGAUUCACACGAGGCUCUUUUGCACUAGAUACAUAGGCGGGUUCGGUCACAGAGUGAGAUACCUGAGGCAGAGUGGUCGAUGGUUCGCUACGAAGCCUGAGGACCCAAAAUACGUAUUCUCCAAGCCGCCUGAGCAGGCAGCAACUCAGCACGAUGGGACCCACAAUGAUGUCAGGAACGCUAAAUACAUCUUUUCCACCCCAAUCGAACAGGUAGAGGACUCCAGAGAUGGCAACGAAGAAUCUAACGUGUUGGCACAAGCGAUUUUGCAUCAACGGCGCAAACGCCGCAAGCAGAUGGCAAGGUUUGUCUUGUUUGGUCUGGUUGGAUCCGUCUUGGGCUACUCUGUUGGUUACAAGGUGCUGUAUCUGCGGGAGCAGAGCUUCAUCCCGCUGUUCCCAGCGUCUAGAAUACGCAAGCUGAGUGACAGAGAUCGAACAAGAAUCGACGUUGAUGGGGUGAAGAAACUGUCACAGACUAGAGUGCUACAGCAGCUGUCGCAGCAUGAGAUGAUCAAAGAACAGUACGGGGUGCCGCUACAUGACACCGAGACGAACGAGAUCCCGCAACUGCAGGAGUUCAGUAUAUGGUGCGAGGACCAGGACUUCAGCGUCACUGGAAUCCUCAUAGAGCCCAAUGACGGGAGAUCAUCGAGCCACCAGUGGUAUCGAAUUCCGUUUCUUGUCAAAUGGAGGUUGACCCACAGACCAUUGAGCAUCCACAAGUUCGUCGAUGAGCUGAUGGAGAGCAUAGGGCGUUCGUCGUCGGAUCUAUAUCAGAUUAUUGCUCCCGAGAGAGUCUAUGGAUCGUUUAAAUACGAGUUUCCUCUACGUGGCGACAAUCAGGCGAAGCACAUCUGGUUUCUCGGUGAGAUGAGGCUGAGUAAUGACUCGCUGGUGGUCUACAAAGGUAAGUACCACGUCGACGUAAAAUUAGAAGAGAUUGACCUCCUGCGGAAGGAAGAAGGUAAGCUGGUACGCUACAUUCUCUACAGGGAGGAUGAGAGCAUCCGCAAAUGA